UAAUGCAUUUUGUCUCACAUUAAAUUUCUCUUAAUAAUCUUAUUUUCUUAUUGUAUUUUAUCUAUGUUUUUCUUAGAAUUUAUUAUAUGUUUAAAUAAAAAAUAAUAUUCAAUUACUAAUGGUAAUCUAAAGCAAAAGAACAAAAUAGACAACAACACUACAAAUACAACCAAUAAGCAACAAUGGAAUCAGCGCCCAACUCUAACAAUGGACUUGCUUCGGAAUAUGCACUACGCGUCGCACUGCAAACUAUGAAGGAACGCUGCCUUGCACUUCAACGACGGCUAACUGAGCUGGAAGAAGACAACGAAGAGCUACGUGCACGUUUUGAUCAAAGCAAACAGGCAAACACAACACUAACUGCCAAUGGCAGUAUCAGCACUGACGCAAGUGAAUUGCUGCAAUUACGCACACAGGUCGAGGAGUUGAAUCGCCAAAAGGAACAAUUAAGCGAACACAUCAAUAUGGUUUCGAACGAAAAUCGAAAACUAUGGUCGCGUUUGUCUCAAAUAGCCAAAGAUAAAACCGGACAACAGGGUGCUACAAAUGAAGCAGAUUACACUACCGGCAAUGAGCCCGAUGACAACCAAACAAGUCCACGAAAUGGUAGUGGUUCAAAUCAAAAUCUUAUACGUUCCAAAACAUUUACACAACAUUCGCCAAAUCCUAAUUUACGCCACAAACUAAUACCUAAUGGCAAAGAACUUAGUAUGGAGGAAGUUGCGCUGGAACAGAAAUGUGAUGUGGACGAAGACAAUGAUUAUAUGCUACCAGCAGACGGUGAAUUGGGAUUUGCCUACUUAAAUGUUGAUGAUAGUAAUAUCGAUGAUGCAGACUUUACGUCGGUAGCCAAAAAGUGUAUGGAGGGGUUGCAGGAAAUGCAACGCGAGGCGCUCAGACAACAACAAGAGCUCAAUUCCGCACUUACUGUUAUCGAGACUAGAAUUGCACUACAGCCGUGCACAGAUUGUACAAAGAAAUCACAAAAACCCGAAAUGGCCGACAAAAGUCUAGAAACUGAUGAAAGCCUUAGUGAACUAAUCCAUAUAAAUAAGAAUAACGUGUCCAAAGACAACAAAGCAUGGCUUGGCUGUAACGAAGCAGAAGAAUUUGAUAUGUCAUGUUCUAAUGAAGCGGAGGAAGAAACCUUCCUAGGUGUGGAUGCCUACUUUGACAAAGUACAAAAUGUACUCAAUGCGGAUGCCGCUGAUCGUCUGUGUCCAAUGUGUGGCAGAAAAUUUGACAGCGCCAUUGCGUUUGAUGCAUUCCAACAACAUGUCGAAGCGCACUUUCUCGACCGGGACGACGUUGAAUUCUGACAAAACCCGAAAAUUUACUUUUCCUCAGAAUUAUGAGAGGAAAAGCGUUUUAAUGAAGUUAUACUGCGUGCUUGUGGCUAUAAUGGACUGAUUUUGUUGAAGAAAUUCAUUAUUAUGAUAAAUAGUGUGUUGUUUUGUACGAAGCCAAUGGUAAAAUGCAUAAACAAUAAUAUUAAUUUAAGUAUUUUAUGUAUUAUUAGUUUGCUAAAGGCAAAAUUAUACUAUGAAAAUCGCUUUAAAAACAAAUUUAUGAAAAACUCUUUAGUAUUUAGUAUGAAAUACUAUAUUAUUCAAAAUGUAUGCAGUUAACUCAAAUGCAGUGAGUAAAUAUACUUAUGUAUAUGUUGUUAGACGUAAAUUACCCAUCAUUGCAUUAAAUAUUAUUGAUAUGUUAUGUAACAUUCUAAGAAAACUUCAAAUAUAUAUACAUAUAUGUAUUUAAACAUUUA